AUGGCCAGCCACAGGAGCAAGAGCUGCUGCGAGGACGGGGACGACGAGGAAAGGCACGAAGCCGCUCUCAAGAAGCUGAUCGUGCGGCUGAAGAACGUCCAGGAGGGCAAACAGAUCGAGACCUUGGUGCAAACCCUGCAAGACCUCCUCUCCUUCGCCUCGCUGCAAAGCGGUCCCAAGUUAUUCAGUGGCAAAAAUAUCCACAUGCCUUUGUUGCUGGUUUUGGUUUCUUACAUGAGAGUGGCAAGUGUGCAACAGAUGGGCUGGUCACUUCUUUGCAAACUUAUUGAAGUUUGUCCAGACACUCUUCAUAACUUAACAGCUCCUCAAGGUGUUGGAAAGGACUGGGAAGUGCUUGGUGUUCACCAGCACAUUCUUAAGAUGCUUAGAAUCCACAAUACGAACAUACACCUAUCAAUAAUUGGCCUCAAAACACUGAACCUGCUUCUCUCUUCAGAUGCAAUAACACUUCUUCUCUUGGAAGAAGGGACGGAUGUAUUUUUAUUGGUAUUUGAUGCCAUGGACACCUAUUCUUACAAUGAAAAGAUCCAGCAAUACGGAUGUAAAGCUUUGCACAUGCUUUUAGAAAAAGUUCCAGAGGAGCAGCUGAUUGAAUUUGUUGAGGACAAGGAUCAUAUGAUCGUACUAAAUGUGUUUAAGAAAUUCCCAGAGAAAGAGGACCUAGUCCGUCUCGCACUUUUGUGUUUACAUUCACUGGCUGGACCACCUAGCAAUGUGGAAGUUCUGAUGUCUGGAAAUGUGAGGUGUUACAAUAUCAUAGUUGAAAUGAUGAAAACAUUCCCCAAGAGUGAGCCAAUUCAGGAAGUGAGCUGCCGCUUGCUGCACAAACUUACCCUGGAAAACUUUUUCAAUAUCCUGGUAUUGAAUGAUGUACAUGACGUCAUUUUGAAAGCUGUCGAAAAGUACCCUGAAAAUGCAAAGCUACAGGCUGCAGGCCUCAGUUGCUUGGCUCUUCUCACGGAAACAAUAUUUUUAAACAGAGACUUGGAAGAUAAAAAGGAAGAUGAAGAGGAAGAAACAUUGAGUUGGCUGGAAGCUUCUUAUAAAGCACUUAAAUGGCACCGGAAAAAUAGAGAUGUACAGGAGGCUGCAUGUUGGGCUUUGAACAAUCUGCUUAUGUACCAGUGCAGUCUUCAUGAGAAGAUUGGAGAUGAAGAGAAAAAGUUCCCAGCACACAGGGAAAUGAUGCUCGCCAUGUUGAUGCAUUCCUCUUCAAAAGAAGUGUUUCAGGCAGCUGCAAAUGCCUUGGCAACUCUAUUGGAGCAAAGUGUAAGUAUUAGAACAACUCUGUUGGCCAAAGGAAUACACAUGAAUGUGCUGGACAUGAUGACGAGACACCCCGACUCCCCUGAAGUUGCAGAAGCUGCUUGCAAAUUGCUGAAUCAUGCUUUUGAAGGAAGUUUCCCUCCUCUGGAUAUAAUGACAGUAGCUGCAUCCAGAAUUGUAAAAACUAUGCAGAAGUAUAAAACACUGCCAUCGGUACAGCUGGAGGCCUUCAGAGUUAUUUUACAUUUUAUGACUCCAGGAGUACUGAAAAACCAGCAAAGUUGUCCUUUGGGAGAUGCUGAUUUGGUGCUGUUAAAAGUGAUUAAAAACCAAUGUUUGUUAGAAGGGACUCAUUCACUUGUCCUUGAUGCUCUCAACACGUUCAUUGGGAAUCCUGGCAUUCAGAAAUGUGGAUUUCAAAUACUUUCCUCCGUAGUGGAAUGUUCGGGUGCUCUAGAAAUGUUGUCCCAGCAAGGGAUGACAGAUACUGUACUCCAUACACUACAGAUGUAUCCUGAUGAUCAAGAAAUACAGUGCUUAGGUUUAAGACUUCUGGAAUCCUUGAUUACAAGAAAGAGCUUGUGUAUUGCAACUAUACAUGUUCUGGCAACAGUCUUGGUUUCUACUUUACGACGCUUUAAGGAUGCUGUCGAAAUACAGGAGCAUGGAUUUAGCACGAUUAUAACGAUCCUUGACCUGUCACCAUGUUUUGCCAAGCUGCUAAUACAGGAGUCAUUUGACGCAGCAAUUUUCUAUCAGAUGUCCAUGUGUUUCACUGAACAAAGAGACCCGCAGUUUCAGAGCCUUUGCUGCAAGUGCUUUGCGAAAAUAGCUGACAAUGAUGAUUUAAAAAACCUGAUGUUGGAGAAAGCCUGUGCUGAAUACAAUAGCAUCAUGGCUGAAUGUUUGCUGUUGCUGGGAGCUGACGUGAAUAAGAAGACAAAGGCAAACUCCUUAAUUUAUCAAGUUUGCGAGAAAGGAAGCAAUCCUAAGUUGCUAAAACUGCUCCUCAAUAGUGGUGCUCGAGAGCAGGAUGUCCGGAGUGCUUUAACUGUCAGCAUCAAAAAAGGAGAUAGCCAGAUCAUCAGCUUGCUCUUAAAAAAGCUUAGCCUGGAUGUAGCCAAUAGCAGCAUCUGUCUCGGAGGAUUCGGCAUUGGUAGAAUUGAACCUUCCUGGCUGAGCCCCUUAUUUCCUGAUAAACGAGCAUCCCUCAGGAAACAAACAAAUGCAGCUUCUGCAUUGGCCAGAAUGGUGCUUAGAUAUCAGAGGACAAGCAGCUAUGAGGACCAGUCAAAAUCCAGUUCUGAUGUAAACCACUGUGAAGAUGCAAUGGAGAAGUGUGAUGAUUGGGCGUUCCUGCCAGACCUUUUAAUCGACAAUGUUUUCCGCUCGAGUGAUAGUGAAGGGAGUGAAAGCUCAUUUCUUUUGAAGAGGAAAUCCAACUCUGUGGCAGUUGCAGAUCCCCCCAAAGACAUGACUUUGCAGUUGUCUUCUCUUACCCUGCAAAGGCAUUCCAACUCUGUGGGAGCUGGGUCACAUUACGAACCAUUAAGGAACCAGGGAAGAAAAAUGCCUUCCGAAGAAUUGCAUAAAGGCAUCUCUAAAUUCCAAUCAAACCUAAAGCGAUCAGACAGUUUCUCUUCAUCAGUCUCGGACAAGGAAUAUAUCAAAUCACUUGACCUUUCAUCAAAUGAGCUGGAGGAUAUAGACGGCAUCAGUCAAAGCUCGCCCUUAACUACUCAUUUGGAACAUCUGGAGAAAUUAGAGCUGCAUCAAAACGCCCUUUCACGCAUUCCAGAACAACUGUGUGAGACCUUGAAAUCUUUGAGUUACUUGGAUCUGCACAGCAACCGGUUAACAUCUUUUCCUGCAUACCUGUUGAAAAUGCCACGCAUAGCGCACCUCGAUGUUUCGCGCAAUGACAUUGGCCCGUCCUUAACUGUGGAUGCGAAGAUUGUCUGUCCCACUCUAAAGCUUCUGAACUUAUCCUACAACCAAUUGUCAUGCUUUCCUGAAUUUUUCGCCAAUGUCACAGAAAAGCUGGAGCACCUCAUAUUGGAAGGGAACAAGCUUUCAGGUAUCAUCUCGCCAAUACAUUUAAAAGAACUGAAAGUUCUAAACAUUAGUAAGAAUACUAUAGCCUCGCUUGUUGAGAACUUUCUGAAGGACUGUUUGAAACUGGAGAUACUCAGUGCUGGGAUGAAUUUACUUGAUGCCGUACAUGACUUGCCAUCAAAUAUAACUACCUUAAAAUUAUCUCAGAAUAAUUUUUCUAGUAUUCCAGAAGCAAUUCUUCUUCUUCCACAUUUGCGUUCAGUGGAUCUAAGCAGCAAUAAAAUUAAAAUUCUACCUGGUCCUGUGCACUGGAAAUCCUCCAAUUUAAGAGAGCUGCUGUUCAACAAUAAUCAAAUAAGCCUCCUAGACUUGAAUGAAAAAGCUUUCUCAUGGUCUCGUCUUGAAAAGUUACACCUAUCCAACAAUAAGCUGAAAGAGAUUCCUCCUCAGAUUGGGUUCCUUGAUAACUUGACAUCUUUUGAUGUAAGUUACAAUCCAGAGUUAAGAUGCUUUCCCAAUGAAAUGGGGAAGUUGUCUAAAAUCUGGGACCUUCCUUUGGAAGGGUUACAUCUUAACUUGGAUUUCAAGCACGUUGGAUGGAAAGCCAGGGACAUUAUAAGGUUUCUUCAACAACGUUUGAAGAAGGCUGUCCCUUAUAACCGGAUGAAGCUCAUGAUCGUUGGAAAUACUGGCAGUGGUAAAACUACACUGUUACAACAGCUAAUGAAAUCCAAACGACCCGAUUUGGGGAUUCAGAACGCUACGGUUGGAAUUGAUGUGAAUGACUGGAGAGUUCCAGUGAAGGGCAAAGUAAAGAAAGAUCUUGUGUUAAACGUCUGGGACUUUGCAGGCCAGGAGGAAUUCUACAGCGCUCACCCCCACUUUAUGACCCAGAGAGCUCUGUACCUUACUGUUUAUGAUCUUAGCAAAGGAGAGGCUGAAGUGGAUGCUAUGAAGCCAUGGCUGUUUAAUAUCAAGGCCCGAGCAUCAUCCUCACCUGUCAUCCUCAUUGGUACUCAUUUAGACAUCUCUAGUGAGAAACAGCGAAAAGCCUGUGUCAGUAAAAUUACCAAGGAACUGAUGAAUCAGAGGGGUUUUCCAGCAAUCCAAGACUAUCAUUUUGUGAACGCUACAGAAGAAUCUGAGGCUAUGGCCAAACUUCGAAAAACCAUCAUAAAAGAGAGUCUGAAUUUCAAAAUCAGGGACCAGCCGGUUGUUGGGCAGUUAAUUCCAGACAGCUAUUUGGAACUUGAGAAGAGAAUUUUAGAGGAGCGCACAAACGUUCCGAUUGAAUUUCCUGUGAUUGACCAGAAGCGGUUAUUUGAAUUGGUGCAAGAAAACAAGUUGCAGUUGGAUGAAAAUGAGCUCCCCCACGCUGUUCACUUUUUGAAUGAAUCAGGUGUUCUGCUCCAUUUUCAAGAUCCAGCACUUCAGCUAAGAGACUUAUAUUUUGUUGACCCUAAAUGGCUGUGUAAAAUCAUGGCACAGAUCUUGACAGUGAAGGUUGAAGGUUUUCCUAAAUACCCAAAGGGAAUCAUAAAGCGUUCCGAUGUAGAGACAUUCCUGCUAAAGAAAAGCAAAUUUCCUAAGAUUUACAUGUCGCAGUACUUCAAACUUCUGGAGAAGUUCCAGAUUGCACUACCACUAGGAGAAGAUCAACUCCUUGUUCCAAGCAGCUUGUCGGAUCACCGACCUGUAAUAGAGUUACCUCACUGUGAAAACUCAGAAAUCAUCAUUAGGCUGUAUGAGAUGCCAUAUUUCCCCAUGGGUUUCUGGUCCAGGCUAAUAAACAGGUUGCUAGAAGUUUCUCCUUAUAUGCUUUCAGGAAGAGAACGAGCUCUUCGUCCUAACCGGAUGUAUUGGAGACAAGGCAUAUACCUGAACUGGUCCCCAGAAGCCUACUGUUUGGUGGAAUCUGCGGUUUUUGAAAAUACUCCAAACAGUUUCCUAAAAAUUACUGUGCCUUCUUGCAGAAAAGGUUGUAUCCUCUUGGGGCAAGUUGUCGAUCAUAUCGAUUCUCUUAUGGAAGAAUGGUUUCCUGGCUUACUAGAAGUAGAUGUAUGUGGCGAAGGAGAAACACUCCUGAAAAAAUGGGCAUUGUAUAGUUUUGAGGAUGGUGAAGAACAUCAGAAAAUACUACUUGAUGACCUACUUAAAAAAGCAGAAGAAGGUGACCUCUUGGUAAAUCCAGAUAAGCCGAAAUCUACCGUUCCAAUAGCCCAGAUUGCUCCAGAUCUGAUCCUGGCAGAUUUGCCUAGAAAUAUCAUGUUGAACAAUGACGAACUAGAAUUUGACCAAAUUCCAGAAUUUCUCCUUGGUGAUGGUGGGUUUGGAUCUGUAUACCGUGCUUCUUAUGGUGGAGAAGAAGUAGCUGUAAAGAUUUUUAAUAAGCACACAUCUCUUAGGCUUCUAAGACAAGAACUUGCAGUGCUUUGCCAUCUUCAUCAUCCUAGUUUAGUAUUUUUGCUGGCUGCAGCAGUGCGUCCCCGGAUGCUUGUCAUGGAAUUGGCCUCGAAGGGGUCUCUAGAUCGAUUAUUGCAACAAGACAAUGCAAGUCUAACUAGAACACUCCAGCACAGGAUAGCUCUGCAUGUAGCUGAUGGCUUAAGGUAUCUGCAUUCGGCAAUGAUCAUCUAUCGUGAUUUAAAGCCCCACAAUGUGCUGCUCUUUACGCUGUAUCCCAAUUCAGCAGUCAUUGCUAAAAUUGCUGAUUAUGGUAUUGCCCAGUAUUGUUGCAGAAUGGGAAUAAAAACAUCAGAAGGGACACCAGGAUUUAGAGCACCAGAAGUUGCAAGAGGAAAUGUUAUUUAUAACCAACAAGCUGACGUUUAUUCAUUUGGCUUGCUCCUGUAUGACAUUUUAACAGCUGGUGGGAGAAUAUUAGAAGGCAUGAAAUUUCCCAAUGAAUUUGAUGAAUUAGCUAUCCAUGGAAAAUUGCCAGAUCCUGUCAAAGAAUAUAAUUGCACCCCCUGGCCAGAAGUUGAAGAUUUAAUUAAGAAAUGUUUGAAAGAAAAUCCCCAGGAAAGACCUACAUCUGGUCAGGUUUAUGAGAUUUUGAACUCUGCAGAACUUGUCUGCUUGAUGAGAUACAUUUCAGUGCCCUGUGCUUCUACAUCGGAAUGCAUGGUUGCUACGAAUCAGAGUUCUAAGAAGACAGGAGUCUGGCUAGGUAGCGGGAACACAGAAGGAGCACAACUCUCAUUUAUUGAUUUAAAUACAGAUGGACGCACCUGUCAGGACAUUGAAGACACUAGAAUAUUGUGUUUGGCCUUGGUGACUCUUCCUGUUGAGAAGGAAAACUGGGUUGCAGCAGGAACACAGUCCGGUUCCCUGUGGGCCUUUCAUACGCAAGAUGAGAAGCGCAGGCACCAGCUUCAGAAGAUGACAGAUUCUGUCACGUGUCUUUACUGCAACUUUUUUCCAAAGCAAAACAAGCAGAAGAAUUGUUUUUUAGUGGGUACAGCUGAUGGACAACUAGCAAUUUUUGAAGACAGAGCAAUAAAGUGCAAAGGUGCUGCACCUUUGAGGGUUUUACUACUUGGAAACAUCAGCACUCCACUUAUGUGUUUAACUGAAUCUAAUUAUUCAUCUGAAAAAAAUACCAUCUGGGGAGGCUGUGGGACAAAGAUUGUAUCACUGUCCAGCGAUUUGACUGUCCAAAAACCCAUUGAGACAAAGACAAGCCAAUUAUUAUGCCACAAGGCUUACAGCGAUGCCAAUAUUAUUUCAAUAGCAGUAGACAAAUCCAUCUACUUGGCAAAGAAGAAUAGCUAUUUUGUCGAAGUUUGGGAUAAAAAGACAGAGAAACUUUGUGAACUAAUCGACUGUGUGCAUUUUCUAAAAGAGGAGGUGCCAAAACUGAAUAAAGAACCCAAACAAAAACUCGCUUAUCUUGGGAGAGUGAAGAGCCUCUGCCUGCAGAAGAACACGGCCCUCUGGAUAGGCACAGGGGGAGGGCACGUCUUAUUGCUUGACCUCUCCACCCGUCGGCCCAUAAGAAUCAUAAGCGACUUCUGUGCUUCUGUUAGACUCAUGAUGACAGCCCAACUAGGCAGCCUCAAAAAUGUUGUGUUGGUACUGGGCUACUGCCAUAAAGGUGACAAUGAAGAUAAUAAAUAUGCUAAAGGAAUACAAUCGUGUGUGUCUGUAUGGGACAUUAAUCUGCCACAUGAAGUGCAAAACCUAAGAAAACACAUUGAGAUACGACGGGAGUUAGCAGAAAAAAUGAAGAAUUUUUCUUUGGAUUAAUCGGCCAUGUGGCAAAGCGUCCUUUCAACAACCUGGAUAUUUAUUUCAAAGGACUUGAACGGGGAUUCUGUUCUAGCUCAAUUGAAAUGUGCCACAGAAAUGCUUGUCAGAAUAUACCACCAUUUGUUUGGCUUAAAAUAUGAAGAAUAUUAGUGGCAGAACAGUGUUAUAAUUUUCCCGGGCCACAAAUGAUCAGAAAACAAAUAUUGUAAUAUUGAGCUUGAGCCCCGGCCAGCUGGUUUCUGAUGUCAUGUAUAGCACUCCAGGUUUAGAGUAAUUUCACUGUAUCCUAUUUUUAUACUGUAUUUAUGUAUGUAUAUAGAAUUCCUUUAUAUUUUGUAUGCACUGUAACUUUUUUGAAGUUUUGUUGCGAUAUUAAUGAAGAUGUAUUUUAGACCUGAUGAGCUAUUUAAAUACAGGAAGUCAAACAGGCCAUGUCUUCUAUUUUUGUGUGUGUGUAAAAACAACAAACAUAUAUGUGCAGUAUUAUUCAUUUGCAUAUAGGAACACAACAUUCUGGUUCCUGGUCUGUUGUAAAUAGAAAAGUUAAUGCCAAUAUGCUUAAGGUACCCACAGUAUAAUCCUCCAACAGAAUUUUGCUAGUUGCUUUUCCUAAACGUAUACUGUUUUAAGCACUUUAGAUUUUUGUGAAGGCAAACAUGACUCGGUCCUCAGUGACCUUAUUCUCUGACACAUACCACUAGCACAUCUCUCUUGGGAUGCUCUUUUCCCCUUUUCACAUUUUCCACUGCCAAAUUUUUAUUUAAGUGUUCACAGAACCAGAGAGAUGUUCUCAUGUAUGUCACAUAUGUUCAUACCAUAUUCCUUUCCCCUGUAACAGCCUAGAAUUACAAGGAGAAUCAACCACUUUGAUUUCAGUGCUGUAGCCUGAAGGGCAAGGUGUUCCCAUAGGAGGACUUGCAAACUGAAACAACCCUUCUCUCUAAAGAAAAUAAUGGUUUACCGUGGAGAUGCUAAAGAAGAACUGCUCUAUGCUUUUAUCUAUCUGUAAUGCAAUAGCUGUAUAAUAUUGAAGCUCUGCUUUAACACAUUCUUGCCAUGUUAUAAAUGUUCUAUUUAUAUGGGAAUUUAUAAUUUAAAAACUGUACAUGUCCAUUAUAUAAGAAAAAUAAACAUUUUGUAUCUUU